UGCAAUAGUGAGCGGUUGUGACUGAUGAGUGCAGCGCAGUGGACUCGACUACAUUUCCCUCUUUGAUUUGGAUUCUCCCCUCUAUUCUUUUGUGUAAACCUUUCUCCGAGAGGUGAAACAUAUCAGAUUUUUUCAAGGAUGUCUGUCGCCGGGCUGAAGAAACAGUUCCACAAAGCCAGUCAGCUACUCAGUGAAAAGAUCAGUGGGGCUGAGGGGACGAAGCUGGAUGAAGACUUCAUGGAGAUGGAGAGGAAAAUCGACGUAACCAACAAGUCAGUGUUUGACCUCUUGUCCAGAACAACAGAAUACCUCCAGCCAAACCCAGCCUCCAGAGCCAAACUUGGCAUGCUGAACACGGUGUCAAAGAUCCGAGGGCAGGUGAAGACCACUGGCUACCCCCAAACUGAAGGCCUGUUGGGAGACUGCAUGCUGCGCUACGGCCAUGAGCUGGGAGACGACUCCGUCUUCGGAAGUGCCCUCGUGGAUAUGGGUGAAGCCAUGAGGCAGAUGGCUGAUGUCAAGGACUCUCUGGACAUAAAUGUGAAACAGAACUUUAUUGACCCCCUGCAGAAUCUACAGGACAAAGACCUCAAAGAGAUCACGCACCAUCUUAAGAAGCUGGAAGGUCGCCGGUUAGACUUCGACUAUAAGAAGAAGCGUCAGGGGAAGAUCCCGGAUGAGGAGAUCCGGCAGGCAGUGGAGAAGUUUGAGGAGAGCAAAGACCUGGCCGAGAGGAGCAUGUUCAACUUCUUGGAAAAUGAUGUGGAGCAGGUGAGCCAGCUGUCAGCGCUGAUCGAGGCAGCCUUAGAGUACCAUCGACAAUCAUCUGUCAUCCUGGAGGAGCUCAGUGCCAAACUGCAGAAGAGGAUAUCCACAGCCAGCAGUCGUCCCAAGAGAGAGUUCAAACCAAAGUCCAUCAUGAGCAGCAUCGAGACUAUCGACAACAGUCAGCACAACGGACUGUCCUAUAGCUCCUCGCUCAAAUCCUCAGAUAUCCAGAUCAACCACACAGUCAAUGGGAAAACUGAUCACUUCACCUCUGUCCCACUGUCUUGGCCUGAGAGCCCUGCUACCAAUGGCAAUAGCCACCAGUCGGAGGUGUUGGACCAGCCUUGCUGUCGCUCCCUGUAUGACUUUGAGCCAGAGAACGAGGGUGAGCUUGGCUUCAAAGAGGGAGACAUCAUCAUCCUCACCAACCAGAUAGACGAGAAUUGGUAUGAGGGCAUGAUCAACGGCGAGUCCGGCUUCUUCCCCAUCAACUAUGUGGAGGUCAUUGUUCCGUUGCCCCAGUGAGACCAGCAUGCCAGGGCGCUUCCAGUCCUGUGCAGACUCCCUUCAUUGUCAUCACACUCAGCCUCCACCCAGCCUCUGUCCAUGACUCAGGUCUGAAAAGUUGUGGGGCCAGCUCAACCUGAAGCUGAAAAAAAUGUCUGCCUUCUGAAUUUGAACCGAGCCAGAAAGGUAGUAGUUUUAUCUGAGGCCCAUCCUGACUAAAUGUCAAAAUGUCGCUGGUUACAUUUAUUUUUUUCAGUUUACGAACCCGAAGCCAACCGAAACCUAAGCCAUUAAGUGAGAAAUUGAGCCCGGCCAGACCCUAGUCCCUUGGGUCCGGCUGGGUCAUGUUGAGAUGGGUGAAACUGUCAAGCAGCCAUCAAACUCUAUCAUCCAGCCUUUCAGUCCUUCAAACCCUUCAAAUAAGUCCGGUCCCUGUUCAGUCCGAUGUAAGGUUAUCACCCUGCUCUCCAAACCUUCAAGCCGUCACCACCUCACCAUAACUGACGCCCAACACUUCGCUUGAGGUGCAUUGCUGGACAUCAUGACUGCAUUGUAAGACCAUUACAAGAAUAUAUGUUUCAUUAUUUCACCAUACUCACUUGAGAGACACUUGAUGAUUUCAGUGAAUCAUCAGUGUUCUAAAGCUGUUGAACAGUUGUGCUACCCCAGAAACUGGAGAGGCUUUGCACUUGUGUCUUUGCAAUCCAUGUCUCUGCUAUGGAGGUCCACUGGAGAAUUAUCUGCACAAAUAUUGUUUUAAUAUGUAAAAUCCUUGUUGGAAAAAGAGAUAGCUUUGAAAAAGAUUGUUGUGACGUGGCUGGCAAUUCAUUCAGUAAUGUCUUAAAGGGAUAGUUCACCCAUUUUAAAAAAUAUGAUAUUUCACUACUCCUCUAGCUGUUGUGUAGGACAGUAGUGCUGCUAUCUUGCUCUCAUUGUUACUGACAUAGGCGGU